AUGCGCAAGACCAUCAAGCGCGGCCUCAAGGUGGCCGCGGCCGCCGUGCCGCGCCGCUCUCCGCGCCUGCACGCGCUCCACGCCGACGAGCUGUCGACGUCCACGCUGGCGCGCACCUUCGAGACGCGCUACCAGGCCAAGGGCUACACGACCGUGAUCGGCGUGGAUGAGGCCGGACGUGGACCGCUGGCCGGUCCGGUGGUGGCGGCGGCGUGCCACGUGCCGCUGGACGUGACGAUCGAGGGCGUGGACGACAGCAAGAAGAUCUCGGAGCCGCAGCGCGAGGCGCUGUUCGAGCUGCUGACCAACCACCCGAGCAUCACGUACGCCGUGCACGUGAACAGCGCGCAGCGGAUCGACGAGAUUAACAUUCUGCAGGCGUCGCUGGAGUCCAUGACCAAGUCGGCGAACGAGGUGGCGGAGCGUCUGCAGCAGACGGACAAAACGUUCGUGUUGGUGGACGGCAACAAGCUGCCGCCGACGCUGGAGCUGCCCGCAGAGGCGGUUGUCAAGGGCGACUCCAAGGUCUACAGCAUCGCGGCGGCCUCCAUCAUCGCCAAGGUCACGCGAGAUCGCCUCAUGCGCGAAUACGACGAGCAGUACCCUCAGUACGGGCUGGCUAAGCACAAGGGCUACCCCACAAGAGACCAUGUUGCUGCCAUCGCCAAGCACGGACCUUGCGCGAUCCAUCGCAUGACGUUCGCACCGCUGAAGCCGAAAGAGGCCCCCAAGCCAAAGGCGAAGGGAAAGAAGAAGUCUGCUGCAUGA